AUGGCUCAAAAGGCAAAGAAAGACCGUGCAAAGUCCAACGCCGAGUCGCUGAAAAGCCUCCACAUCGGCGCCGCCAUCGUCAACGGCCUCUUCAUCCUGUGGUCCCUCUUCAUCAGGUCGCGCUCCCUGUGGACGUACGCGCUGCUGUCCCUGCCCAGCUUCGCCUGCCAGUUCGCGCUCGAGAAGGCCGGGCGGCCGUCGUUCGACCGCUUCACGGGCGCCCUGAGGUCCUCAGGCGAGGACCUCUCCGCGCCGGGCCUGACCGAGUACAUGUGGGACGUCGUCUGGGUCACCUGGGCGUGCCAGGUGCUCGUCAUGCUCUUCGGGAACUGGCUCUGGCUGCUCUGGGCCGUCGUUCCCGCCUACGGCGCCUACAAGGGCUACGGGCUGCUCGGGAUGGCGAGGGGCAUGGCUGGCAUGCAGGGCGCCCAGCCGGGCCAGCAGGAGGCGGCCCCGCCUGUGAACCGGAAGCAGCGGCGUGCUGCGGCAUGA